CCUGCGGUGACUUCUCCUUUUGUUGCGUUACAACUUCCCCCCCAUGCGAAUGCGAAACGGAUGUAGAAAGUCCCACCGUAACGCGUCAUUGCAGGCACCCAAAAAGCGGUGUGAGGAGUUUUAAAAUAACAGCACACACACGCGGGGCUGAGGAGUCCUCCCCACUCCAUGGCCUGGACGUUGAAGAUCACCGAUCCGCUGCAGCCCCAGCAAUUUGGUUUGGGUACGGAAUGGCUCUCUUUCGCAUGGUUUGACCGUGGCAGACACAUUGUGUAAACGACCGCAGAAGCGUGCGGAUCGCGAUCGAUACCUCGUCCCCGCGUGCGCGUGUGUGUGUAAAGUGACCACCCAAAAAGGUGUCACCGUGACGAUCAAAACGGAUAGAUCAGUUCCCCCCAUCCCUUCAUCAACCCGCGGUGGCUUGUUUGUUCCGGCCUACGGUUUUGUGUUAUGCCGGCGUACCGCGAUCGCGAUCUGCCUGUGUCCGUUAGAUAAUGCCAUUUACCCGCCGGGCGCCGAUCGGAUCGAGGUAGAGGUGAUUGAAGUUUGGUUGAAAGUGAAAUUAAUAAACAACAGAACAACUAUUCAAAACGGAAACCGCAAAACGUGACGCAACUUACGCACGCGACGUGCGUGGUGAGUGAGUGAUCGCUUGCAAGAAGGUAACGUUCGCACUUCGGAGUUUGUGUGCGGUGAUCGUGUGUGCGUGUGUGUGGUUGAUCUGCAACGAAAGAUUUGAAAAACAAGAAGAAAACCGACCACCGGUUCAGCGUUUGUCACUUUUUUGCGUGCAUUUCGUGCGAAAAAUCAUUCACCUCGCGAGUUACGGGAUGCGCCGGUACACGCAUCGGCUGUCGGCGGUGGUGCUGCUGGUCGUCGGGCUGGCCGUUGCCGCCAGCGGCAUCUAUGUCGUCGAGAGCGGGGGCAAGAAAUCGUUCCUGCAGCUUGGCGCCCACCACUGGACGGACGGGGCGGACGACGAUGGGCUGUGGUCGAGCCUGCUGGAGGAGUACACUGUCGGCCUGAACCAGAGUGGCACCACCAGCGCACUGAGGGAAAGUCGCGUAAUGCAGGCGACCGUCGUAGCAGCGGCAGGACCGGCGCCAAAGUACAUACCCACCUCCAGCUUCUACAUCAACAAGCGCAUCGGCGAGGCGCUCGAGCUCGACCCGCAGCACCACGCCGCCCACCUGCCCCACCGGCCCCGACCGCCGGUAGGGAAAGUGAUCGCCAGCACUGGGGCCGGCGGCCUGUACGGCGACAACCAGCUGGCGGCCGGGGCCGGCCACGGUGCAACGUUUACGCCGAUGCGCCAAACGUUCGGUGGCGCCAGCCCGACCGAGCUGCUGGCCUCGCCGCGGGAGGUGUCCGAGACGGACCUGUACCUGCUCGGUGCGAUCGAGAAGCUGGUGUACCGGGUGGACUACAUGGAGAACCGUUUGCGGCGGGCCGAACAGAUCAUCUACUUCCUGAUGGCGGGCAACAGCCAGAAGCAGGAACCGUGUCCGCAGAACUUUACGCAAGUGCACGAUCGGUGCUAUCACUUCGAUAUCGAGCGUGGGCUGAACUGGAAGUCGGCCAGCACGAUGUGCAAAUCGUACGGGGCGCAUCUGGCGGAGUUUGAAACGGUGGCCGAGUUCCAGGAUGUGGUCGCGUACAUCCUGAACAAUCCGGUCAAUCGCGGCAAGGACUUUUGGCUCGGCGGACUCAACCCGGGCCUGCUGUGGAUUUGGGCCAACUCGGCCAAACCGGUUAAUCCGAACACGAACCUUAGCUCGAUUACGAGCAGCUCCAGCUCCAACAAACCGGGCUCGAAGGGAACGGCCUCCACCAAGCCGACCAAUCUGAGCAACAACGGUACGGAACAACUCCCGUCCGAAGGUACCAAGAUUGUGAACAAUCCGUCGGCGAGCAAGCACCCGACGCUGGAGAUUACCGGCAGUGGACGGUGCCUGCGGUUGAGCUACAACGCCGCACUGUACACGUACGGGUAUCGUGGGGAGGACUGCUCGGCACAGUUUAGCUACGUGUGCGAACUGAAGGACAAAUCGUUGGACAAUGAAAUCUCCAGGAUAGCGAAGCAGCUCAAGCUAGCGGAUGAUGUUUCGUAGGGCUGUAAGGGUGAGAGAGCCGCGAUGUGGGAGGGUCGUUAUUUAUUGAAGCCAGCAGGAACGUUAUUUUUAUUGCAUUGUGAUGAAGAUUAUGGUGGGGAAGAUGAGCGUUUUUGUUACAUAUUUAAUGAAUUUAAGGUACCACAGUAAGUGAUAUAGAAGUAAAUAAAGUCCCUAUUUAUAAACUGAAUGUA